AUGGCACACUACUCAGAGUCCAUGUCCAUCAACAUCGGCUCAACCCACUUCCUCUCCCUCCCCCGUCCAGACGUCCUCACCGGACCACCUCCAGGCGUCGUCGACACCACCACCCUCGCAGCACACGACUUUGACGUCGACACGCGCACAGGGUUCAUGCCCCCGCAAGCACCGCUACGUCGCUUACCGGUGGAUUGGGAGCCUUGGGAGGAGGCGUUGGAUGAUGCUGUUGGGAGGAAACUGCAGCUUGGGGAUAGACUUGAUUUGGAUGAGGGGGAAAAGGUGAAUUCGGAGGUGUGGCGACUCCCCAUUCUACCGAUUACACAACUAAAAAAAUCAGAAGUCCUCCUACGCAAAGCACACCAUGUCCUCAGGUGGAUAAUGCAUUUCUACAUCCACUCCCUCCCACCACACACCCCCAUCCGUAUCCCCGCACCUUUAACCCUCCCCCUCCUCCAAGUCUCCGCACAAUUACAGCUCCCGCCCGUCCUCACCUAUUCCGACGACGUCCUCUACAACUGGACGAAGCGGAAUUUUACCUCGUAUCGGCUAGGAUUGAACUGA